GCGCCAGUAAUGUGUCACAGACAUUAUAUGCAGCAUAUGGCGCGUGAGAUCCGCCUCUCCUCCAUCAACCUGCGGCUCAUCCCGCUUUUCCAUUGGCCUUUUAUUCCACUGCAAGGAACUCGCUUUAAUCGCAUCUAUUCCGCGUCUCCCUCGACACGAUCGGAAGCGACAGAGUUAAAUCCGCUCUUACCCACACGCAGACGUCUGUUUAGCUCGGAAUUAGACCGUGGUUUAUUGGUAGACGGUCGGUUGCGCUCUAAUUCAAUCAGCAGAGAUCGUGCUGGAGGUGGGGCCAGCGAGCAGAACAGCGCGCACCACAACAUUAUUUUCCUGUAAGUGCAUUCAAGAAACAUGAGCGAUUCAGAGAAACAAACACUCUCCCGUAAAGACAAGGAUGGAGUGGAGAAAAGGGGACGAGGAAGACCAAGGAAACAUCCAAAGGAAUCGAGUGGGUCGCCAACUGCAAAAAGACCAAGAGGACGGCCGAAGGGCAGCAAAAACAAAGGCCCAUCCAAGAGAAAAUCCUCGGCUCCUGGCAGCAAACUGAAGGGAAAGCCGAAGAAAGGGGAAAAGGAAAAACCUCAGGACUCAUCUGAGGACGCUGAGGAAGAUGACGAAGAGGAGCAGUAACAUAACUACCUCAUACCCAACCAAACGAAAGAACCAACCGUCUUCUCUCCAACCAGUGAAUAACAUGGAAUGUCAUUCACAUCUUUCUACAACCACAAAAGGACAGUAAUAGAUGUAAUAUUCUGCAUAAUACAUGAGUUUAUGUCACUAGAUCAAAUAUACUGUAGAAACCAGAAUCACAUUGCAUACAAAUGUCAUGUGUUCCUGUUACUUUUAUUAUAUAUAUCUAUUGGACUGAGGUGCUUUUCUACAUACGCUUUGUCUGUAGUUCUGUUUAGUCAUUUUUGUGUCCAUAUUGUAGACUAGAUUUAGAUCAAGGUAUAAUUUAAUGUGUAACAUCAUGGGCUUAAUAGUUCUAAUAGAAUGCAUUCAUUUUGUAUAUAGGUGUUAACAGUUUAUCUAGAUUUUUGUUAGUGAAUAAUAAUGUGCAGCCAUCAGUGAAUAUUUGUUUCAAGGCAGGUUCUUAUAUUUUGUAAUAAAAUAUAAGUUACUCAGGCCAGAUGUUGAGGGAGCACAUAUUUAGUUUAAAUAAAUAGUUCACCCAAAAAUCUAAAUUUGCUGGAUUUUUACUCGCACUCAGGCCAUCCAAGCUGUAGAUAGUUUUUUUUUUUCUUAAUCAGAAUGUAUUUGGAGAAAUGUAUUAUUACAUCAGUGGCUCACCAGUGGAUCCUCUGCAGUGAAUGGGUGCCGUCAGAAUGAGAAGCAAUCCACUCCACUCCGGUACAUCAGUAAAUGUUUAGAGAAAAGAUGUAUGCUUCUAAGAAACAAAUCAUACUUGAUACAUUUUUUUUUUAAUAAUCAAAAAAAUAAAAAUAAUAAUGCAUGCACUGAAUGCACUGUAAGUCGCUUUAGAUAAAAGUGUCUGCCAAAUGCAUAAGUGUAAAUGCAAGCUUUUUUUUUUUAUAUUUGCUCAAGUGAAAAAGUUAUCUCAUCUGAAUCAGGAGAGAAAUAUGCACAGAGCAAGCACCGUUUACAAGCAAAAACAGUAUAAAACAGAUCUAAACAAAUAUGUUGGUGGAUUUUGAUUAGAAGUGACGGUUUGAAUCAAACAUCCAUCUUUUUGCUUCACAAGAUGUUAAUUGAUGAACUGGAGUGGUGUGGAUUACUUUUGGAUUGUUGCGUUGUUUUUUAUCAGCUGUUUGGACUCUCAUUCUGAUGGCACCCAUUCACUGCAAGUGAGCAAGUGAUGAAAUGCAAAAUUUCUCCAGAUCUGUUCAGACGAAGAAACAAACUCAUCUGCAUCGAGGAAGAGUACAUUUUCAGCACCUUUUCAUUUUUGAAUGAACUGUUCCUUUAACAGCAGCUUGUAAUGUGAUGUUUUCCACUAGAAUUCCCAGGAAUCAGCUUUGAGCAUAUAGCAAAGGUUUGUAUUUAGAUGUAUAUGUCUGUGUUUGUUUGUGAUUGUUUGUCACUAUAGAAAUUUAUGGGAGCAUUGUUAAAUUUUGAAGCCAUCAUUUACUCCAACGUUGCGGGUACAAAUUGCCAUAUGAAACUGAUUGGCAGAAAACAGACGUCUUAGCUGGUGUCUUGUAUUAGAAGACAUUCCAUCUUAUUGUAAAAAUUCCUAAUGGACAAUGAAUUUGGCACACCACUUUGUGAUUCUUAAAUGGUUCAAAAGAAAUGUAAGGAUAUAAACUUAAUUGUGAAGAAAGAAAUUAUGCAUCAAUUUAAAUAUUUCCCUAAUAUACACUUUGAUAGAAGUGCUUCUCAGGUGGUUUUGCUUCAGGACGCCAUCAAGUGGUGACUCAAGGUACCAAAAUGUAAAUAAAUGAACAUAAAUCCUUAAAAAAAGAACAUUGAAAUGUAUUAAUAUUAUCAAUAAUAACAUAACAUACACAAACCACCUUCUUACAACAUUUCCUUAAAGGACUGUCUGCAUUACAGCUAUCAGCUCAAGGUUCUCCACACCCAAGUGCUUUUGGAUUAUUUAUUUUUAAAUUAUUUAUUUUAAUAAUCUAGCUGUGAAUCACAACAGUGACAAUAAGCUAUGGGUCUCAAGGAUUCAGAUUUGUUCUUUCAGGGUCCCUAAAAAAUGUUAAUUUUACACCCCCAUGAACUAUUGAGUUAUAAGAUGCAUAUAUUGAGCAAAAGUGUAAUCUAAAUUAUAGCCCGUGUUAAUGUUCCUUCAAAAAUAUUGACUGUAUUUUAUACAUUCAAGUCCUCAUAACUUCUGAAAUAUUCACCUCAGGUAUUACAGUGUCAUGAACAGACAGCAAAAGCCCAAGAUAAUGUCAAUCCCUUCAGCAGUAUAUCCUUUAUUCUGCAGCGAUUGUCUGUGUAGCAGUAAACAGCACAUAUAGUGUGUGACAUUUUAUUAAUACAAUAUUAGAGUUAUAAAAUGUGUAUUAGAUUUAUAGAAUUUAUUUGUAUGUAGAGUGUGUUGAUCUUAAUAAAAAUACUUUUUCAAA